AGAAAAAAAGAGCAGUCUCUCUCGCAUUGGGCACGCAAAGUCCAAAGUUCCAAACCCCACAUAAAAGCGAUCCCUCCCCCCCGCCUCAAAUCUUACCGUCUUUUUUCUUUGGGAAAAAUCAAAUAUUCAUUUGUUUUUCUCUGACUCUUUAAUAUUUUCCGUCGAUUUUGUUCUCAUAUAAUCAUUAACGUUGUAAACAACUUUCAUUCGGGAAUACCACUUCUUCCUUCUGCACCAGGGCGCGCGCGCGCACUCGCACUCGCACAGAUCCAUUUUUGGGGGGGUGGGGUGGGGGGUUUUGAUUCACAUCGGAUUUGUGUUUUCGCUUUCACCUUUUUUAAACGAUCGAUUACUAUGGGUGGCGUGGGUGAUUCCAGUGAGCCGAGAGUCGGUGGUGGUGGUGAAGAAGAACAAGUGGUGCCGAUCAAUAUCCGGUGCUCCAACGGUUCGAAAUUCGCUGUGAGGACCAGCCUCCAGUCCACCGUUAGCGCAUUCAAAGCGGUUCUGGCUCAGAAUUGCGACGUCCUAGCUGAUCAGCAGAGGUUGAUUUACAAAGGUCGCAUCUUGAAAGAUGAUCAAACCCUAGAAAGCUAUGGUUUGCAGGCAGAACACACUAUUCACAUGGUUCGUGGGUUUGCUUCAGCUGGAUCAACUCCUGCUGCUGCUGCAAACGUAACUUCUACAGGUAACUCUGGAAGUCCCAACAACGGUCCAGGUGUUACACGUGGUGUUGGUUCAAAUGAAGGUGGGGGAUUGGGAAAUCUUGGUGCAUCUUUAUUUCCUGGACUUGGCUUCAAUGCCCUAGGCAGUGGGGAGGCUCCUGGUUUGUUUGGAGCUGGACUGCCAGAGUUUGAACAAGUGCAGCAACAAUUGACUCAGAAUCCAAACAUGAUGAGGGAAAUAAUGAACAUGCCUGCCAUGCAGAGCCUAAUGAACAACCCUGAGUUAAUGCGCAGCUUGAUUAUGAACAAUCCUCAGAUGCGUGAGAUCAUCGACCGUAAUCCAGAGCUUGCUCACGUACUUAAUGACCCUGGGAUUCUGCGACAGACAGUAGAAGCUGCAAGGAACCCUGAGCUUAUGCGUGAGAUGAUGCGAAACACUGACAGGGCGAUGAGCAACAUUGAAUCUUCCCCAGAGGGAUUUAACAUGCUCAGAAGAAUGUAUGAAAAUGUUCAGGAACCAUUUCUGAAUGCUACAACUAUGGGUGGAAAUGCUGGAAAUGAUUCGAGUUCAAACCCGUUUGCAGCACUUUUCGGAAAUCAAGGUGGGACACAAGUCAGGGAUGGUGCUAAUAACCCCUCGACUACUGGUUCUGAAACAACCAGUGGGCUUAUUUCUCCAAAUACAAACCCACUCCCUAACCCUUGGAACAAUACCACCGGAGGUACGCAGACAACAACUACGCAGCCAAAUCCUGCCGGGGAUGCAAGGGCACCUGGUAUUGGUGGUCUUGGAGGGCUUGGUCUCCCCAAUAUGGAGCACAUGCUUAAUGGAAUGCCAGAUGCUACUAUAAUGAACCAGCUUUUGCAAAACCCAGCUGUAUCACAGAUGAUGCAAAGCUUGCUAUCUAAUCCCCAAUAUAUGAAUCAGAUUCUCAGCCUCAACCCGCAAUUACGUGGCAUGGUAGAUACAAACCCUCAAUUAAGAGAAAUGAUGCAAAACCCAGAUCUUCUACGUCAAUUAACUAACCCCGAGACAAUGCAGCAAAUGCUAGCUUUACAGCAAUCACUCACGUCUCGGCUUAAUCAACAGCAAUCAACAUUGGAUCAAGCUCGGACUGGUGGGACUCCAGGAGCACCGAAUAAUGCUGCUGCACUGGAGUUGAUGAUGAACAUGUUUGGAGGUCUUGGAGCUGGGAGUUUGACCGUUCCAAAUAACCCAGAUGUACCCCCGGAGGAACUGUAUGCAACUCAACUUUCACAGCUCCAAGAAAUGGGUUUCUUUGAUACUCAGGAGAAUAUCAGGGCACUGCGUGCUACGGCGGGGAAUGUCCAUGCUGCGGUGGAGCGACUUUUGGGGAAUUCCGGGCUAUAAAGCUCAUUUGGACUUUGUAAGAAUCGUUAAUUUGGACGAGAGCCUUUGUAAAGGCACUCGAUGUCCAGACAAACAUUCCAUUUUGAGCGUGUUAAUAAGCGAGAGGACACGCUAUGAUAGAGCCGUGAGAUUGUGAGUUACAAGCAUUUGCUGUACCGAAUUAUUUUGGUGCCCUUCCACUGUCUGUGUCUCGUGUACAUACACACAAUUUACAUAUAUUUUCUAUG